AUGAAUUCCCAGGGCGCCAACGAUGUGUCCCCCGAGGCCAUGCAGGCGCGGAUCCAGCAGGCGCGUCGCGAGGCCGAGACGCUCAAGGACCGCAUCAAGCGCAAGAAGGAUGAGCUGUCCGACACCACCCUUCGCGCCGUCGCUCAACAGGCGCAUGAGCCUAUUCCUAAGAACCAGCUCAUGAAGGCCAAGCGAACACUUAAGGGCCACCUGGCCAAGAUCUACGCCAUGCACUGGUCCACCGAUCGAAGACACCUCGUCUCCGCCUCCCAGGACGGCAAGCUAAUCAUUUGGGAUGCAUACACCACCAACAAGGUCCACGCCAUUCCCCUGCGGUCCUCAUGGGUCAUGACCUGCGCCUACGCGCCGAGCGGGAAUUUUGUCGCCUGCGGCGGCCUGGACAACAUUUGCUCCAUCUACAACCUGAACCAGCAGCGCGACGGCCCCACGCGUGUAGCCAGAGAGCUGUCCGGCCACGCCGGAUAUCUCUCGUGCUGUCGCUUCAUCAACGACCGUGCGAUCCUGACCUCCUCGGGCGACAUGACGUGCAUGAAGUGGGACAUUGAGACGGGCCAGAAGGUUACCGAGUUUGCCGACCACCUGGGCGAUGUCAUGUCCAUCAGCCUGAACCCGACGAAUCAGAACACAUUUAUUUCCGGAGCUUGCGACGCGUUCGCCAAGCUCUGGGACAUCCGCGCUGGCAAGGCUGUUCAGACCUUUGCCGGACACGAGUCCGACAUCAACGCCAUCCAGUUCUUCCCGGAUGGCCACUCGUUCGUCACGGGAUCCGACGAUGCCACCUGCCGACUCUUCGACAUUCGGGCUGACCGCGAGCUGAAUGUUUACGGCUCCGAAUCUAUUCUCUGCGGCAUCACGUCUGUCGCCACCUCCGUGUCUGGCCGCCUUCUCUUCGCUGGCUACGAUGACUUCGAGUGCAAGGUGUGGGACGUUACGAGGGGAGAAAAGGUCGGAUCGCUUGUCGGCCACGAGAACCGUGUCAGCUGCUUGGGCGUUAGCAACGACGCUUAA